AUGUGGACUUCAUCAAACCAGAAGAUAGGUUACAUGGUUGUUACAGCACACUGGAUUGAUUCUGAGUGGAAAUUGAAUAUGAGAGUAUUAAAUUUUUGUAAUGUUCCUCCGCCUCAUUCCGGUUAUGUGAUUGCUGAUGCUUUAAGUAGGUGUUUAAGUGAGUGGGGGAUCGACGACAAAAUUGGAACAAUUGUUGUUGAUAAUGCUAAGAAUAAUGAUGUUGCUUUAAGAAGUUUAAAGGAUAUUUUCACUAUUAGAAACUCAUUGCCUGUAGGAGGAAAAUUAUUCCAUGCAAGAUGCUGCGCACAUAUUUUAAAUUUAUGUGUCCAAGAUGGAUUGAAACCAAUUGAGUCUAUUGUUGAUAGAAUUAGAGAUGGUGUGAAGUAUGUGGGUGCUUCAGAAGGUCGUAGGAUUAAAUUUGCAGAGAUUUCACAACAACUGCAUUUGAAAACUAAAAAAUUAAUAUUGGAUGUUUCAACUCGUUGGAAUUCAACAUUUAAUAUGUUACAAUGUGCUGCUGAGUUUAAGCAAGUCUUUUCAAGAUAUGGUGCAUCUGAUUUGGGAUUCAGAUGUUAUGUUCCAGAUGAGGAGGAUUGGGAAAAGGUAAAUUGGGUUUGUUCUAUUUUGGGAGCAUUUAAUGAAGUUACUAAAAUUGUUUCUGGGACUCAUUAUCCAACUUCGAAUUUGUUCUUGUCAGAAUUAAAAUUGGUCAAGCACAUUUUAGACAAAAAGGCAUUUGACCCUAACUUACACAUUAGGCAGAUGACUGAGACAAUGAAAGAAAAAUUUGAUAAAUAUUGGGGAGAGAGUAAUCUGAUUAUGUCUAUUGGUGCUGUGUUAGAUCCAAGGUUUAAAAUGAAGCUUCCUACUUUUUGCUUUCCGACUCUUUAUCCAAAACAGGGUGAAUCUGAGAGAAAUCUUGCAUAUUUAUCAAAUGUUCUGAAUGAUCUUUACCAUGAAUAUGUCAAGGAAGAUAAAGCUGGCAAGAAAAAGGAAAUUGGUGAAUCAAGUGAUGUAACUUCAGCUGAUAAUGAAUUUAAUCAAAAUUCAAGUGAGAUUCCACAGGGUUUAAAUGACUAUGAGAGCUUUAUUCGUGCUAGUGGUGCCAUCCAGGAGCCUUUGAAGUCAGAAUUAGAUGAUUAUUUGGAGUGGAAGGCGAAUAGUGCCAAAUAUCCUGAUUUAUCUCAUAUGGCACGAGAUAUUCUGAGUAUUCCAAUGAGUACAGUAGCCUCUGAAUCCACUUUCAGUGCUGGUAGUAGAGUUAUAGAGCCACAUCGUUCUUGUUUAAAGCCUGAGAUAGUGGAAAUGUUGUUGUGUGGGGCUGAUUGGGCACGUGAGCUAUAUGGUCUGAAAAGAACAAUGCAAGGAAAUCAGGAUAUGCUUGAGGAUAUCGAGAUUGAUCUGAGUAUUUGA